AUGCGCGACCAAUGCGAGACGAUCGAAAACGGACACCGCGAUCAGAAUGACAGUUGUGACAUGGCACAUGCUGGAGUACCCCAGGCCGCCACGUUACCACCGCACGAUAGCGAGAAGGCCGGCGAGAGCAGCAACAAGGGUGAACGAAUUGACAUCCUCGAAAUUGCAGGACAAGCUAGUCCAGACAGGAAGCUCAACAAAUGGCAGGCGUCGCUGAUCUACAUCACGAAUCAGGUGGGCUUCUUCAGGAGAUAUCCUUCAGUCUUGAGUUGCGUCGACUGUUUCAGAAUUAUCGGCGGUACCCCUCUGGCUACUGUUGUAGGCAUUGGCUUCGUACUCAAUCAGCUCUUUGCUUGCUCAUCCGCCGUCAUCACAAUGAGCAUCGCGCUUAACAGCAUCUCGGAGCAUGCCAUGUGCACCAUCUUGUUUAUUCUGAUCCCCACUAUCGUUUCUUGCGUUCUGUGUAUGCCCAGACGCAUGAAGUUUCUGGCGGAUUUUGGCAUCCCUUGCACUAUCUCAAUUCUUGCUGCAACUAUCAUCGUUGUGGUUGCACUUGGUAUCGCUGGACCUAACGGUGCGCCACCAGGAUGGGAGAAAGAGAUCGUGCUAGUUGGUCAUCCUACCUUUGCGCAAGGUUUUACCUCCGUUCUCAACAUCGCUUUCGCGUAUGCCGGCAACCAAGCAUUCGUUACAGUGAUGGCGGAGAUGCAAGACCCAUCAAAGGACUUCAUGCCUUCGGUGUUCGUUCUGCAGGGCUUCGCAAUUCCCAUGUACACGAUCGUUGGAAUAGUCGUCUAUGUAUUGGCUGGAGAAUACACAACCAGUCCAGCGCUCGGCGCAGCACCUAUGAUGAUAGCUAAGAUCGCGUAUGGUCUUCUCCUACCUACGCUACUUGGAACAUCGCUGGUGUUUGGCCAUACAUCGAUUAGAUACAUGUUCAUCGAGUGGUUACGCUUCAUGGGCAGAGAGCGCGAGUACCGCCAAAACACCAGGCAGACCUGGAUAAUGUGGCUCGGUAUUGGCACCAAUUUCUGGACCCUUGUCUUCCUUCUCGCAAACGCCAUACCACUCUUCCAUUCCAUCCUUUCGGUGUCGGCCGCGCUCUUCGUCUCUUGGUUUACCUUUGGGAUAUCGGGAGUCAUGUGGCUGUAUCUCAACUGGGACGUUCAGUUCCACGGUUGGAAGAAGACGUGUUUAGCCACUCUGAAUUGGACGAUCAUCGCCUUGACUCUGUUUGCGAAUGGUGUCGGUUUGUGGGCUUCAAUUGAGCAGCUCAUAGCUGCGUACCAUGAUCCUCUCGUUCCUGUCGAAGGCUCGUUCACAUGUGCUGAUAAUAGCGUUUGGGGGUAG